AGCUUGUGUUGAAAUCCUCCACGCUGUUUUUACAGUUUAAGUUUUCAGACAAGACCUUGCUUGCUUUAAAACUCUGUAUGCUCCAUUUUGUUUGAACAAUUAGGCUUUUUGAUUUAAUACUGUUCCUUUCAAUUGUAGGGCCAACACUCUAUUCUGACACCAAUUGUUAUGCUGACUUAAAUUACAGACACGGAAUACAUUUUGUAAGUGCACUUGUGACGGACUAGUGGUGACACCAUGAUUGAGCGGUACUAACGGAUAAUGUUAUUCAAGAUACGCAAGGAGAAACAAAAGCCAAAUAUGAGAGUUAUCAUACUGGAAUAUUUUAUUUUAUUAAGUUGUUUUUGUGUUUUUGGAAUCAUAUCGUUGUAUGGAUUCGCAACCGGUGUACUGAAUGCAAACGGGUGGGCCCACUUAGAUCUUCACAUUACUAGAAGUCUUAUCAAAAGUACAACGAGUACAUUGCCGAACAGAACAAUAGCUCCACAGCAUAUUUCACCGCUAAAGGUCAUUCACACCUUAUUAGAAAACCAUAUUGAUAAUCAGAAGGUCUCGGAAUUAAGUGCAUUAUUACUGGAGAAUGGGUUUUCGGCAAACCGAACAGUUUUAAUUUAUGAAAAACCUAUUGGUAAUAAAACAGAAAUUAAAUUUCCUAGAAAAUUUCCAAAGAACUACAAGCCGAAAAAAUUCUUAAGAUUUUAUAAUACAUGUGCAAUUUUGGGAAGUGCCGGUAUUCUGCUGGGCAGUCGAUGUGGAAAAGAGAUCGACUCGCAUGACUUCGUUAUGAGAUCCAACAUGGCGCCGACAAUUGGCUUCGAAGAUGAUGUUGGUGUCAAGACUAAUCUGACAACACUAAACAGUGAAAAAGCAAAACUUUUAGCAAAGUGUCUUUCUCGAAGAAAAUACAAAUGUCGACAGGUUGCGCUUGACUUGAUGAAAGAAUUCAAUGGCUCUAUAAUAUGGUUUUCCAAGUACGGAGUUGUGAAAUCCAGUGCAUACGUUUCCUUUACCGACACGAUAAUUAAGCAAGGAUUGAAGACUGACGUAUCGUAUCCAGCGUUUGGUAUGCCUCGACGUGUUGGAAGUUUCUGGAACAUUUCAAGUGUCUCAAGUGGUCUUGUAUUGUACACUAUAGCGGGCGCUGUCUGUCGUAAAGUUUCAAUGUAUGGUUUUUUCCCAUUUCACGAAACAGCAAGCGGAAGGCCGGUACCUCACCAUUAUUAUGAGAACGUUAUAUUUAAUUAUACAAAGAGACAUCAUAUGCCUGAUGAAUACAAACUGUUUUUGAAGUUAAAUCGGACUGGUCAUAUCAGAUUCGUAACGGACAAGUGUCUCCAAGAUGAUUGAACUAUAUUGAAUCAGAAUCUACUCGGUUUGAAACAUAAUUUAAUUAAAUUAUAUUCGUUUUGUAAAAUGUGAUUUGAUUUUUUUAAAUACGUUUAAUAAAUAUAUAAAUGGAUGGAGC